AUGACGUAUGACUCAUUAAAGGUAACCAACCAGGAGGUGAUGGUGAGAACAAGGGCAGAAGAUCCGGAAGAUGCUACUUUUGCACGAUUGGAUAGGAUGGAAAGAAUGAUUAUGGAAAUGGAGGAGACCCUACAGCAACAACAGCAACAACCGCCACCGCCACCGGUACCUCCACCGGCAAUACAAGAUUGUCAUGCUGAAGACCGGACCAUCACCCUGACCAAGGAGUUUAAAAAGAUGAAACCGCCGUCCUUCAAAGAGAAGUUAUUUGAAGUCUUUCCUUGUACCGAAGCUCAGAAGGUGCAAUUGGCUGCCUUUACUUUUGAGGAUGAGGCACGGAGAUGGUGGAUGCUCACGAGAACUAUACAUCAAGGAUUGACAUGGGAUAGGUUCUUGGAGAUAUUUUAUGAUAAAUAUUUCCCACAAAGUAUGCGAGAUAAAAAGGUGACUGAAUUCGAAACUCUUAGGCAAGGGAACAAGACUGUUGCUGAGUAUGAAGCCCAAUUUGCCGAGUUGGCUCAGUUCGCACCUCACAUGGUGGACACGGACUAUAAGAAGGCGCAGAAAUUUGAAGGGGGAUUAUGGGGUGCUAUUCUGGAUCGAGUUAAUAUGUUGAAGCUACCUACCUAUGUAGAGGUGUUGGAGAGGGCCGUUAUAGCAGAAGGGAAUAUUGCUGCACAAAACCGAAUUACUGAAUGGAAGGGGAAAAGACAAAACAGUCAAUGGUCGAAGGGGGUAACGGCUCCACCAAAUAAGAAACAAAAUUCAGGGACUUCUAAUGUAUCUACCCCUAGGCAAGAUUCAAUUCCCGUAUGUGUGGAGUGUGGAAAGAAACACCAUGGGAUAUGCCAUCAGAAGUCUGGAGCCUACUUCCAGUGUGGAAAAACGGGUCAUAUGAUAAGGGAUUGCCUUCAAAGGAAGCAACAAAUCAGUUUAGCGGGGUCUGCACCAACUACCAACACCAAAGCACCGGUCAAAGCUACUAAUAAUAAAGACACCACGAGACAAGGCGGGGUGUUUGCAUUAGUUCCGGGAGAUGUGCAAAAGGCGGCAACAGUGGUGUCAGAUAAAGCAGAGGAAGUACUAUCUUAUAUGCUGUGUGUGUCUUCACCUUUGGGGGAUUCUAUGAUUUGUACCUCGAUAUAUGUUGCUUGUGAACUUCACCUUGGGGAUAUUCGGGUACACGCUAACUUGUUACCUCUCGAUAUGAUGUAUUUUGAUAUUGUACUGGGAAUGGACUGGCUGAGUGAAUAUGGUGCAACUAUAAACUGUUUGACGAAGCAAGUUAGUUUCCACCCUCCGGGUCAAGCAGAAUUUACAUUUCAGGGACAGGAGGUGACUUCUCCACCAUAUUUGAUUUCUGCAACAAAGGCUUAUAGGUUAAUUCAGAAAGGGUGUCAAGGGUAUUUGUGUAGUGUUAUGGAAGAGCAAGUGGUGAAUGGAGGUACUGACACAAUUCCAGUUGUUCGUGAAUUUCCGGACAUAUUUCCAGAAGAGUUGCCAGGGCAAUUGAUAGACCGGGAAAUUGAGUUUACAAUCGAAGUGGCACCGGGAACCCAACCCAUCUCGAAGACUCUGUAUAGAAUGUCACUAGUUGAGAUGAAGGAAUUGAAAAUUCAGUUGCAAGAUUUACUGGACAAGGGAUUCAUCCGUCCGAGUGUGUCUCCGUGGGGGGCACCAGUUCUCUUUGUGAAGAAGAAAGAUGGAACACUCCGGCUUUGUGUCGAUUACAGGGAACUUAAUAAGAGAAUGCAGAAGCUCAUGAGAAUCAUCUUCGCCUGA